AUGAAAAGGAACUCCACAGAUUUCACCAUGACAAGUGAGUGGUGAUGUUUUAUCACUGCAGAUGUGGAGCUCCACAUGCAACCCCAAUUCAGUACCAUCCGGAAUGGCCGGCGAAAUAGGUCACCAAUAUUUAGAUUACCACGACAGCUUUCGGUUGGCCAACAGUCGGAUCCCCGUCGGCGUAUCCCGCUGGAUCUCUGAGCUUCCCACAGUUACCUUCCCGAUCGAGGAAUGAUUGACUCCAACCCUGAAAGCUUCUCCCAAGUAAGCCCAACGCUUGCAGACAAUGGCAGCCUUCCGUCGGACACAAGCUUCUCCACCCUAAUCAUGUCGAUCAAAUGGUGUCUGCCUACCGCACCCUCGUUUCUCGCGGUUUAAAAGAGUGCGGUGCCCCUGCCGAUCGACCAUCAUGAAGUUGCACCCAAGGGAUCCUGCUCACUCAGCCAAGUUUAUCCACGAUGCGUGCUGCAACAGCCAUCGCUUCUCUCCUGCUGGUCGGCUCCGCUGUCGGCCUGCAGAAUCCCCAUCAUAAAGCCAAAGCUAUCCAGAGAGCUCACCAGCACAAGACACUGUCUACUCGGGCUCUCACAGUUACACGUGACGAAGACUACAAGUACUUGACCAACAAGACUCAAAGGUUCCUUGUCAACGGUACUAGCAUCCCAGAAGUGGACUUUGACGUUGGAGAGUCUUACGCAGGUCUCCUUCCCAAUUCGCCCGCUGGAAAUUCCAGCCUCUUUUUCUGGUUUUUCCCUUCUGAGAACCCGAAAGCGAAUGAUGAGAUCACAAUUUGGCUGAACGGUGGCCCCGGAUGCAGUUCACUCGAUGGGUUACUGCAGGAAAAUGGCCCCUUCCUGUGGCUUCCUGGAACAUAUAAGCCUAUUCGGAACCCAUACUCGUGGACCAACUUGACGAACGUGGUGUAUAUUGACCAGCCAGCUGGAACGGGCUUUUCCCCAGGUCCGUCUACCGUGAACGACGAGGAAGGAGUUGCUGCCCAAUUCAAAAGCUGGUUCAAGCACUUUGUCGACACUUUUGCCCUGCACGGCCGCAAGGUGUACCUUACUGGUGAGAGCUAUGCCGGGCAAUACAUUCCGUAUAUCGCCUCAGCAAUGUUGGAUGAGAAGAACACCAAGUAUUUCAAUGUGAAGGGUAUCCAGAUUAAUGAUCCCUCUAUCAACGAUGACUCGGUGAUGAUUUACGCCCCGGCUGUUAGGCAUUUGAAUCAUUUUGCGAGUGUUUUCGCGCUGAACGAGACCUUUCUGGCCGACGUUAACUCCCGCGCUGACAAGUGCGGCUACAACAAGUUCCUUGAUGAAGCAUUGACAUAUCCUCCGCCGAAGGACUUCCCUGCCGCUCCGAAGGUGACCUCUGAGUGCGCUAUCUGGGACGACAUUAUUGCUGCCGCUUAUAAUGUCAACCCUUGCUUCAACAUUUACCAUCUCACCGACUUCUGUCCUUACCUCUGGAGUGAGAUGGGCUUCCCUUCCCUUGCAGGCGGGCCCAACAACUACUUCAACCGCACCGACGUUCAAAAGGCCCUUCACGUCCCUCACACAGAUUACUCAGUCUGUGGGGAAACCACUAUCUUCAAGCAUGGUGAUCAAUCUCCCCCCAGUGCCCUGGGCCCCCUUCCCAGCGUGAUUGAGCGGACGAACAACACCAUCAUCGGUCACGGGUGGCUCGAUUACCUCCUCUUCCUGAACGGAUCGCUGGUGACUAUCCAGAAUAUGACUUGGAACGGCGCCCAAGGGUUCCAGAAGCCCCCCGUCGAACCUCUUUUCGUCCCUUACCAUUACGGCCUGGCGGAGCUCGCCUACGGUAACCCCCCACAACCCUUCAACCUGGAUGCCGGCGCCGGAUAUUUGGGCACAGCCCACACAGAGCGUGGAUUGACCUUCUCCAGUGUCUACCUGUCUGGUCACGAAAUUCCCCAGUAUGCCCCUGGCGCCGGAUACCGCCAGCUGGAGUUCUUGCUUGGUCGCAUUAAGAACCUGCAGCAGCGGGGAGAUUACACUGCCUAAGGGUAUGAUUGAUAGUUACUCUGAGUAGAUCACUUCAACGUGUAUAUAUGAGCAGACGUAUAUAGAUGAUUUCUAAUGACACUGAGAGGUUGAAAGUUUCCUAGACACUAGAUGCCUCUCUUGCGAUACAGUUUUCCACACCCAUUGUAUGUAUAGGCAUAUCCUAGGUGAGAAUACUCUAAUUUAAGCUGUUUGCGAGAACGGCAUAUUUUGGUCAAAAAAGGAACGUUCUAGUCACCAGUGAUACCACAGCUCUCGUCCAUAGAAAAGGCUCAUAGUAGAUAUGAUAGCCAUGCGGAACAUUCCGGAAAGGCGCGACAAGAGUGAGUGAUUAGAAGGCAUUGCCCAGAAGGAGGCAAGAUUA